UUUGUCCCCGACGCCGCGCGGUAUCCAGUCCCUCGCCGCUGCCAUGGCGGCAGCUCCGCCGCUCUCCAAGGCCGAGUAUCUCAAGCGUUACUUGUCUGGGGCAGAUGCCGGCGUCGACGGAGGUCCUGAGUCCGGUCGCAAGCGUCGCAAAAAGCGACCGAAGCCCGGCGGGCCCGGCGGCAAGGGCAUGCGGAUUGUUGAUGACGAUGUAAGCUGGACCUCCAUGUCUACCACUAAACCAGAAAAGGAAGAAGAGGAAGAUGACGGAGACUUGCCUGUGGUGGCUGAGUUUGUGGAUGAGAGACCGGAAGAGGUAAAGCAAAUGGAAGCCUUUCGUUCCAGUACCAAAUGGAAGCUUAUGGGAGGCCAGAAGGAAGAGCCAACCACACAGAGAUCUUCCUGUCACGAUACCCCAGAUUCAUCUCCUGGGAAGGUUCAUCAGGACUCCCCAGAUCCUUCACCUCCCAGGAGAGCCCGUCAUGACACCCCGGAUCGUUCACCUCCCAGGAGAGCCCAUCAUGACACCCCAGAUUCUUCACCUCCCAGGAGAGCCCAUCAUGAUACCCCGGAUCCUUCACCUCCCAGGAGAGCCCGUCAUGACACCCCGAAUCCUUCACCUCCCAGGAGAACCCAUCAUGACACCCCAGAUUCUUCACCUCCCAGGAGAGCCCGUCAUGAUACCCCGGAUCCUUCACCUCCCAGGAGAGCCCGUCAUGACACACCGAAUCCUUCACAUCCCAGGAGAGCCCAUCAUGACACCCCAGAUUCUUCACCUCCCAGGAGAGCCCGUCAUGACACCCUGGAUCCUUCACCUCCCAGGAAGCCUAACCAUCAUUCUUCAAGUGUGUCUCCUAGGAGGACCACUCAUGACACUGAUACAUCUUCUUGGAGGGCUCGUCACAAUUCAUCAGACCUCUCUCCCCACAGAGGGGCCCAUAACAACUCUCCUGACACAUUACAGACUAGAAGGACUCUUGACUCUUCAGACACAUCACACUUCAGGAGGACCCGUCAGGACUCCCCUGAUUUGGCUCCCAGUGCCCCUCAUUCACUGUCUAGAACAACUAAAGCCCCAGAAGGAACCACUAUCAAAAAUUCUCUGCAUCAAAAGGGUCCAGAGUCCUCUUAUCCAUCACUCCCAGUGAACAUCAAGUAUGAAUAUGACUCAGACCUCUCUCCUCCACGUAAAAAGCAAGCAAAACCCCAUUUUUCAAAUAAGCAUGAUUCUAAAGGGAAUAAACAAAACCUAGGCCACCUGGAUUCUGAUUCAGAUCUGUCACCUCCGAGGAACAGACCUAGACAUCAGAGCUCUGACUCUGACCUCUCUCCACCAAGGAGGAAACAGAGGACCAAGUCUUCUGAUUCUGAUCUGUCGCCACCUCGAAGGGUUAAGCCUCCUGGAAAGAAGGCUGCACACAUGUAUUCUGGGGCUAAAACUGGGUUGGUGUUAACGGACAUACAGCGAGAGCAGCAGGAACUCAAGAAUCGGGACCAAGAAACCGUGACACUUGAAGCUGAAUUCCAGUAUGCCGAAACCGUAUUUCGAGAUAAGUCUGGUCGUAAGCGGAAUCUAAAACUGGAACGUUUAGAACAAAGGAGAAAAGCAGAGAAGGACUCAGAGAGAGAUGAGCUAUAUGCCCAGUGGGGAAAAGGGCUUGCUCAAACCCGUCAGCAGCAACAAAAUCUGGAAGAUGCAAUGAAGGAGAUGCAGAAACCUCUGGCCCGCUAUAUUGAUGAUGAAGAUCUAGACCAGAUGCUGAGAGAACAAGAAAGAGAGGGGGACCCCAUGGCCAACUUUAUCAAGAAAAAUAAGGCCAAGGAAAACAAGAACAAGAAAGUGAGACCUCGUUAUAGUGGUCCAGCACCACCUCCCAACAGAUUCAAUAUCUGGCCUGGAUAUCGAUGGGAUGGAGUGGAUAGAUCCAAUGGAUUUGAACAGAAGCGCUUUGCCAGGCUUGCCAGCAAGAAGGCGGUAGAGGAACUUGCAUAUAAGUGGAGUGUUGAGGAUAUGUAACUUUUCUGAGCCUGAUGGCAUUGGGUUGUGAUAGUGGACAUAGGGCAGCCAUAUGUCCAGCAGUCACAGUUGUCUGUGCUAACAACCAGGGUCCACACAGACUAACAUUUUGUUGAAUGCAAGUUUUGAUGACAGAAGAACAUUCGAGACCCAACCGAUGUUUGGACUGAUACCUGGGCUUCUCAGGUGUGCCCACACUAACUGGUGCUGCUGGCUUUCAGAGGAAGCAUUGAUUUCUUUUUUUUUUUUUUUUUUUUUUUUAAGUAUGCCAGGGUUUGUUCUUGACUAGCAUUUUUCUUUUUAAAUAAACACACAUUUAUUUUUUUAAA